AUGGAAUAUUUUGAUGAUGAUUUGGACUACGAACUAUCGCAAUUAGAUUUAUCAGAGUAUAAUCAAGAAUGUAACACAUUAUCGAAUAGUGAUACCCUACAAGUAUUUGACGUUGAUCUCCAUGAGACAAUAUCAAUCGCACGGACCAAAAAUCAUCGUCGAUGGCAGAUUUUAUCUGACAGUGAAGAUGAUCAGAUUCCCAUAUUACCGCCCUCACGAAAUACAGAAGUAUGGUUCAAUCCGUUGGGUAAGCAACCAAGCAUUAUUCCAUAUACUGAAUGUCCUGGGCUUAAGCCAUUUUCAUUGCGAUCCAGCAUGAGUUCAGCUAAACCAGCAGAAUUUUAUUCAUUGUUAGUACCUGAUAGUAUAUUCAAGUACAUAGCCGAAGAAACAAAUCGCUUUGCUUUACAAACCUUGAACAAAAGUGCAACAAAAUCAUACCGAAUGCAGAAAUGGAUGCCUACAGAUUGCCAUGAAAUUAAACGCUUCUUUGGCGUUUUGAUUUGGAUGGGGAUAGUUAAACUACCCCAACUAUCUUUGUACUGGAGCACUAACAAAUGUUUUGAACAACAAUUUGUUAAGUCCAUUAUGAGCCGAAAUCGAUUCGAACUCAUAUUGAGGAUGUUGCACUUUGCCAAUAAUGAAAUAAAUCACAAUAAGGACGACCGAUUGUUUAAAGUUAGACAUUUAUUAGACAUGCUGAAUGCUAAUUUUAAAUGUCAUUAUACACCUAAUCAAGAAAUGUGUGUUGACGAAAGUCUAAUCCCAUUUCGUGGCCGAGUUAUUUUUAGGCAAUACAAUAAAAAUAAGCGACACAAAUAUGGAAUAAAACUUUUCAAGCUGUGCUCAAAUCCAGGAUACACUGUAAAAGUGCAAGUUUAUGCUGGCAAAAACUAUGAUAAUGUGAAUACUACACCGACUAAUGUUGUCCUUGCCUUAUGUGACGAUUAUCUAAAUAAAGGACAUACUGUUUGCACAGAUAAUUAG